UACCGCCGAGGGGAGAGUGAAUCUCCAGUCUCGUGCACUAAUCACAUAGCCUGCACCAUGCUGUCGUGCUCCAGCCGUACUCUGCUGAGGAUCUGCCGGCCCGGGCCCCUCACCUCCAUAAGAACAUUGCAUUGUGGCCCUAAUAAAGAAAACCCUGUGGUCUACUUGGAUGUAGUAGCAGACAACCAGCCGCUGGGGCGCAUUGUGCUGGAGCUGAAAGCAGAUGUGGUGCCAAAAACUGCUGAAAACUUCCGAUCCCUGUGCACUGGUGAAAAGGGCUUUGGUUAUAAGGGCUCCACUUUCCACAGAGUAAUUCCCAGUUUCAUGUGCCAGGGUGGAGACUUUACUAAUCACAAUGGGACUGGUGGGAAAUCGAUAUAUGGAAACCACUUCCCUGAUGAGAACUUCUCACUGAAACACACUGGAGCAGGUAUCCUCUCAAUGGCUAAUGCUGGGCCAAAUACAAAUGGUUCUCAAUUCUUCAUCUGCACCGCAAAAACAGAAUGGCUGGAUGGCAAACACGUGGUUUUUGGACAUGUUAAGGAUGGUCUUGAGGUCGUAAAGAAAAUAGAAGCUUUCGGCAGUAAGAAUGGACGUCCUUCAAAAAGAAUAGUCAUAUCAGACUGUGGAGAACUCGAUUGAAGGGUCAUAACCACCUUUCACAUGGAUCACUUUGUAGCUGUGAAUCUCUGGACACCUCUUUUAUUUUACCAAGCCUAUAACAACUACUUAGUACUGGACCACAAUCAAUAUAUUACAUAAAGAGGGUAACUGCUACCCCCCCCCCCCC